AAUUAGACCUAAUUCUGUUUUGUUUGGACGGAACUCGGGCUCGCCGCUCCGUUUGCCUUCCUCCACCUCCGUCGAAUUCUGAAUUUUCCGGCGACUAGCUGGUCGUAUCUCUAUUCAGUUGCAGAUGGAUAGUGAAGCCAGUGACCAACAACCCAAGCAGCAAGAACGGUUAAGAACUAGAUGGACAGCAUCCCUUGACAAGAUAUUUUCAGACUUGGUUGUUGAGCAGAUUCAACUUGGGAACAGACCAAACAAUAUUUUUGACAAAAAAACUUGGAACCAUAUACGCAAUGAAUUUAAUAAGCAAACAAAUCUCAACUUCAAUAACAACCAAUUGAGGAAGCAUUUAGAUGUGUUGCGGACACGUUACUAUAAUCUGAAGUCUGCUUAUGAUCAAAAUGACUUCACUAUGGAAGAUUCUUGUUGCAUUGGAUUUGACCUCUGGGAAGACAUUGUUGCACAACCUAAGCCCGAAACAACCAAGAUUAAGGAUUGUCCCAUUUAUGAUCAGCUAUGCACAAUAUUUGCAGACUCGGGGAGUGAUGGGAAAUAUGCCCAAUCAAGUCACUAUGAAGAAUUGGACAAGUCUCAUGGGAAAAUCCCAGCAGCAUUAACUUUACAUCAAGAAAGUGAAAGCCCACAUCCAAAAACUCCAUCAUCAAGAUUUGCACAAGGAAAUGCUUCUUCAGCACAAAAUACGAGCAAGAACACCGCAGAGAGAAAGAGAAAGCGUCCAUCGGAAGCAGGCUCUUCUCCAGGCAGAAGCAGGAAAGAUCAAGAAAUAUUUGAUGCCAUGGCAGGCGCUAUGUUAGAGAUGGUUGCUGCUUCAAAGUCGAGGAUGGUUGCCACGCCUCAGAGUGAUGACAGAUUUACAAUAACUAAAUGCAUCAAAGCUUUGGAUGAGAUGGAAGGGAUUCAGGAUGGUCUAUACUUUGCUGCUCUGGAUCUCUUCGAGGACCCCAAUCUGAGAGAGACAUUCAUCUCUCUUAAAGGAAACAAAAUACGUUCGGCAUGGUUGCAAGGGAAGUGCAGUAAUGGACCCUAAUGUUGGGAUGACAGUUUUGGUUAAGAGAUGGUAUCAAGAUCAUGGUGUUCAUAAUGUAAGACUUUAUGGUUAAUGUAUGAAAUGUUCUGCUUUGCCAGAGGAAGAACAAGGAUGAGAUGAUGUUCUAGUGAUGGGGUUGCACACAACACCGUUCAAACUGUCAAUGUGAUCCGGGCCAAUUCAAACAGUGCUGUUUCGUUCGGUUCGGUUCUUUGACUCAACGGUUUGGUUCUAGUUCAAAAAAAUCAAACCAAUUUGGACGAACCGUGAUAUGUAUAUAUUUGGUGUCAUCUGAUUGAUUGUACGUUUUGCUAACAUAAGCUUGCAUCAUUUCAAGCUAAGGUGAUAUGUGCACAUUUUUUGAACUUUAACCCUCAUUUACAAUAAAUAUUAGUAAAAUUAUUUUCUUUUUCUA